AUGAACAAAACAUUUACACCAAAUAGCUUCGUUACCACUGAACGUGGCAGUCGACUCAGGGCAAGUGAUCCAAUUAGAAUAGAUGAUAAUGUUAGUUCAAUAUUACACGAAAUGCACCAAUUUCGGACUGAAAUAAUUAGUCGCUUAGAAAGCCAAAUGAUUGCCUAUGAACAAUUGCAGGGUCGUUUUCAGAAAACGGAAACAGAAUUAAUGGAAUUAAAAAAGUGCAUAGAAGCGAAAAACUCAGAGGAAGUUGAGUGUCUAAAGAAUCAAAUAAACAUUCUUAAACUGAAAAAUGAACAUCUGGAAUCAUGUUUAAAUAACAUCAAAACAUCGGAGGUAAAAACAUGCAUUAAUAAUAGGGUAGAAACAUCGUAUGCAAAAGUAUUAUCACGAGACAAAGCGGAGGUAGUUGUGCCAUCGCAACAAGGUGGGGCCUCAAAACAAGCGAUCUUACCUGAGAAUGUUCAGAUAUUGAAUAAGGACUCUUCAAAAAUAACAGAAAAUAAAAGCAAGGAAGUAAACAGAAAUGAUUGGAUAGAAGUAAAGAAGAGGAAAUAUAAAUAUUCAAAAAAUGAAGUUAAAAAAGGAGACAAUACCAGAAUGUGUGAAAUUCAAGGAAUGGAAAAGAAAAAAUUUAUUCAUGUGUGGCGACUAGAAAAAAAUACUACAAUUGAAAAUAUGGAGAAUCAUCUACAAAAGAUAUGCGGUGAAGUAUCAUUUAAAAAUGAGAAAUUAAAACCAAAAACGGAAAGAGAUUAUUCAUCAUUUAUGAUUGGUGUCCCAGAGAGUAUGUAUGAUAAAGUAUGCAGACCAGAUGUGUGGCCACUUAAUGUCGAAUUUAGCGAAUGGGUGUGGUUUCGAAAAACCAAUGCCAAACCGAAAUAAAAUAAAGAAAAUCUUUGGCAAUUUUUUACCAAAAUGUAAGAGGACUUCGGACUAAACUAGAAGAGUUUUACAUUAAUAUAUUGGCUUCAAAUUCUGAUUU